AUGGCCGCCCUGUUCGUUGCGAAGAGACAAAAUGCCCGACGACCGCGAGUUUUUAAGGAAAGGGUGGUCGCUAUCGCCGAUGUGCCCGAUUGGGAAUGCGUUGGGCGUUACAGGUUGACGAAAGACGCCAUUUUACGGCUGGAGGCAGCACUGCACGCAGAUUUGGAGCCUUCAACGAAUAGAACUAUGUCAGUGUCAUCAAUGACGAAGGUCCUUGUAGGGCUGAGGAUGUUCUCAAAAGGAAACUUUUUGUCAGAGUCUGCCGACAUUCAUGGCAUAUCAAAAGCUACAGCUGGAAGGGUGUUUAAUGAUUUUCUGGAUGCAGUUAUCAGAAACAUUGGAAAUGUAAGGUUACCAUCCACAAGAGAUGAGGUAUUAAGGACAAAAGUGGGAUUUUUCAGGAAGUGCAGGAUACCCAACAUCAUAGGAGCAGUGGAUGGAACAUUGGUCCCUAUUCUUGCUCCUAAGGACAAUGGGGUUGCCUUCAUAUGCAGGAAGGGUUACCAUGCCAUCAAUGUCAUGGCUGUAUGUGACCAUGAAAUGAGAUUCACUGACAUUGUAGCCAGAUGGCCAGGUUCCCAGCAUGAUGCAGCUGUGUUUGAUGUAUCUACACUAAAGGACCACCUUGAGACCAACCAGACAGGCAUUUUACUUGGUGAUGGCGGUUAUCCACUCCGUCCAUACCUACUGACCCCAUUACUCAAUCCUACCACUCCACAAGAGGUUGCCUUCAACAAGGCCCAAAUCAGGGGACGUAUAGUGAUUGAGAGGAGUUUCGGACUUCUAAAAUCCCGUUUCAGAUGCCUACAUAGAUCAGAAGGAGCGCUACAAUACACACCAACCAAAUGUUGCAAAAUUGUUGUGGCAUGUGUAAAGUUGCACAACUUUUGUAUCGAAAACAAUGUUCCAUUUCCAGCUGACAUGAUGAUGGAUAAUGACAAUGACAAUGCUCAAGCAGCUUGCCAAAUUGCACAACAGAAUGAACAAGGACAGACCAUGCGUCGCAGAAUUGUGAACAUGUUCCAUUAAAGUGAAAGUAUAUUUCAAUACCAGU